AUGUCAACUUCACCAAAACUUUCUGAAAUAACCAUCCCUAAAACCUCAUUAAUCAUAUCAAACUUAAACAAGGAAGACUUUGUCAAACCAUCUUCACCUUCUCAAAAUUCACAAUCCACGAAAUUAGUCUCCAAAAACUUGGCUCUUGUUGAUCAAAUCAAAUUGAAAGUUUUAAAUUUUGAAGAUGAUAUUGCAUCUCAAAUCAGUCAUUGGUCAAAUCUCCCAUUUUUAAGUCGAGUUAUUGUAAUUUUCCAAAACGAAACAAUAGCAAAGAAAGUAUUUGAAUUUUUAACUAACGAAUUGGCUAAAUUUGGUGAUUAUUAUUCAUAUAUUAAAAUCCAUUUACAAGAGAAUCUUUUACAGAAAAGUAAAUCAUCAGAUAAUUUAAGUGAUUCUCAAAAUGAAAAAUUAAAUGUCACUAAAAGUUUAAACAAUUUUAGAAAUUUCCAUAAUGAUCCCAAAAAUGAAUUUACUAGUGAAUAUGUGGAACCAGAGCCUGCUAAGUUUAAUGUAUUUAAUGAUUUGGCUAAUUUGGGGAUAGAUUUGUCCCAAUACAAUAAUGCUGAACAACUCGAGGAAUUGAAACAACUGCAACAAGAAGAGGAUGUCAAGAAUAGCGGGAAUGAUAAUUCCCCACCAAAUAUCAACCCAUUGCCAGUGCAAUUGGGUCGUCGGAAAUCAACUACAAAGACUUUGUUUAAACCAGAAUUAAAGUUGAAUACUACUAAACCUGGUCUCCUUAGUGAGAAACAAAAAGAACAAGAUUUUGUAUCGUCUCCUACAAUUACUUUAGAUGAAACAUUUUAA